AAAAUGAAAUGGUAGUACAAAUUGGCAAAAUAACAUGUUACAUGAUGCACAGGGCAGUUUGGGUGAAGCUUUUGAUCUCUUUCACUUUCUCUUUCUAGCUGUAUAUUGGCUUUACCAACACAACACCCAUUGUAUAUGUGAUGCUAACAUAGCAUUGCAUUAAAUGUAAGCCAACCAGAAGCAGAACGAGGCUCUAUAAGCAACCUCAAACGUAUAUGCUCCUCUGUUUCUAAUGGUGGUGAUGCUCUUAAGUUGAACAAUAGUAAAUUUUGUGGUGCUUUAAACAACUCAAUGAGAGAGAGAGAGAGAGAGAGAGAGAGAGAGAGAGAGGUCACAAGUUAAGUUGUUGAUUAAGGUACAUUCGACUAGUAUUAUUGCUUCUGAUCUGCACUGUGAGUGUGUAAGGGAACUAGGUACAAUGUCGAGGACUUGCCGGCUCAUUUUGUACAUUUCGAUCGACAGUCUUGAUGGAGUGACUCAAGUUGAGCCAGAAGGUGGCUGGAAGAACCCUUUCCUUUGUUACCACAUCCAAGUUGAUUGCAAAAAUUGUAACAGAGAGCUAUUGGAAAUUGGUUAUCUUCCAUUAUACUUAUGUGCAGGUAGGAUGGAAGAUGCCCAAUAUCAUAAAGCUUUAGCUGUAAGUACUAGUGUAGUGCUUGAGUUUUAUUUGCAUCACAUAUAGCUGUUUGUGAUUUUGCUUAGCAUAAUGCAUAAGUGUGACAUAAUGGACACGUAUAUUGAUGUAUGUAUAUGUGUAGUGCCCAAAGUGCAUGGGGUGUGGUGGUUUGAGGAUUCUGAAAAGGGGAGGGGAACCAAUCACGGAUGAAGGACAAGACAUGCCUGUGAUGGAGAUAGAGGUUAUUGGCUCUUUUCAUGUGCACGAGAAACUCAAACUGUUCUAUUUUAAGUGGAUUUGCAGAAAGGAUGAUGGCAGUGGGGAAUUUUUGGGGCCUUUUUCUGUGGACAAAGAUGGGAGCUACGCGUUUAGUGAUUCAGGUGAUGAAUCUAAUGAUGAUGAUGAUGAUGAUGAACUUUUUCAAAUCAAAGGGAUCAAAGGAUGUUUCCAAGUCACGCCACGGGAAGAAGAGGUGGAGGGACUCUGGAUUAAGGUGGCUUCCAAGUCAUCCCAGGCCUGUGAUUCAGAUUCGGAUUCGGAGGAUUCGGAUGCUGAUUCUGAUGAUUAAUUCAGGUGCAAGUGCAUGCUUUAGGGAGGCUAACAUCAGUCCAUGACUGAUUACUGAUUGCUAUCUAUGGUUUUCCAACUAUAUAUUCUAUGUAAGACUGAUCUUAGUUUAGUUUUAUUGGAUGGCAGAUGGGAAAAAGUUUGCUCAAACUUCC